CCAAUCUCAGCGAGCGACCUUCAGUUUUCAGGCCAAUCCAAUCGCAGCUUCUUGACGGGGCUCCUCUGCCACUUGUAAACACGUGUCCGUAUCUUCCUGUUUCUUCCCACUGUAUCGUUUCAACGGAUACGCCUGUAAUCUAACAAAAUGGCCAAAAGCUUGCGGAGUAAGUGGAAGAGGAAGAUGCGGGCUGAGAAGAGGAAGAAGAACGCUCCCAAGGAGCUCGCCCGCCUGAAAACAGCCCUCGGUCUGGCCAAGAAAGGGGACGACGCCGUGAUGACCGACAUGCAGGAGAUCGCCACCGUGGUACCAGUCGAGAAGAUCAAUAAAGAGGCUGACGCAGUUACGGAGAAAGACGGAGACGAUGAUAGCACCAUGGACCUGGACAGCAAACGCAACAAGAAGACAUUGCUGAAUGAGCAUGGACAGUAUCCGGUGUGGAUGAGCCAGCGGCAAGCCAAGAAGCUGAAGAGCAAGAGAAUGGCUCAGAAGACCGGUGGCAAAAUUAAGAAGAAGAAAGGCAUUGCCUGGUGAAAAGCUGAACCAAAAAAAAAAAAAAAGACUCUGAAGCCCAUCGGUCUUUCCUCGAUGACUGUCAUAAAUGUGGUCAACAUCAUUUUUAUGGAGCAGCGGAAACACGUUGGACAAACACAAGAAUAUUUUGAUUUCCUUUAUGUCUGCUUAAAUGCACGUCUUUCGAUAUAAACAACUGAACCAUCAAA